ACAUUGUUGAAUUCCUCAGUAAUUUCUACCAAAACCCAAUUAACUGAGAUGAUAAUUAAAUCAAUUUUACUCAUUUCCUGUUUUCAAAAAGUUUUGUCGAUGGAUAAAACCAAACCGUGGCAAAGUUGGCUCAUAACUUUCGCGUUAGUGUUGAUUAUAGAACUAGGAAGCGCUCGAAAUCUGCAAGUGAACAGGGAAAGUCCAUACGACAAUCGUCUUGAGAACACUGAGUUAAAAUUGGCGGAAGAUUUGAUAAGAAAAGAAGAUAAUCUGAAAGCAUGGGAGAGCGGUGGAUCAUGGACUUCUGGUGGCAAGCAAUCAUGGUCGUCCUCAAGUAGCAGUGGCGGUGCAAGUAGCGGGGGGUCAUAUGGAGCGGGUGGAGCUGGUGGUGGUGGUGGUGGUGGGAGCUUUAGUUUUGGAGGAGGGGGUGGUGGUAGAGCUAGUGGUGGGGCUGCAGGAGGGGGUGGUGGUGGAGCUAGUGGAAGCUUUGGUUUUGGAGGUAAAAUUGGUGGUGGAUCUGCAGGAGGGGGUGGUGGUAGAGCUAGUGGUGGGGCUGCAGGAGGGGGUGGUGGUGGUGCUAGUGGAAGCUUUGGUUUUGGAGGUAAAAUUGGUGGUGGGACUGCGGGAGGGGGUGGUGGUAGAGCUAGUGGUGGGGCUGGUGGAGGGGGUGGUAGUAGAGCUGCAGGAGGGGCUGGUGGAGGGGCUGGUGGGAGGUUUGGUUUUGGAGGUAAAAUUGGUGGUGGGACUGCGGGAGGGGGUGGUGGUAGAGCUAGUGGUGGGGCUGGUGGAGGGGGUGGUGGUAGAGCUGCAGGAGGCGCUGGUGGAGGGGCUGGAGGGGGUGGUGGAGGGGGUGGUGGUGGAGCUGGUGGCGGAUGCAACAGUGAAGGCGGCGGAUGGUUUGUUAUUCUACAUUCCUCGGGCUAUGGUGUGUGGCCUCAGGGUGGAAGAGCAACAAAUGGCGCUAGACUUGUUCUCGGUUCAAAAAGCGUCACUAACCAAGCAUACGUGUUCGUAUGGACUGCUAAGAAAUCCAUUAAACAUAUCGUGAGCGGAAUGUGCAUAAACAUGAAAGGUUCAUCUCUCGUGUUACAAAAAGGAUGCGAUUCAAUGCCCACGAUGAGAUUCAAAAAGACAGGAAGUGGAUUCUUGAGUUUGGCAACGAAAGGAUAUGUCACAGCAGGCACGCAUCUCGUCGCAAGAUCGGGUACUGCUCUAACAACAAGCCCUAAACAAACACCAGGAUCAGCCUUUCGCUUUAAAAACGCAGCGAAGAUGAAAAUAAGAUUUUCUUUCACACUUGGAAUGGGAGGUAACAAAACAAAAAAACUAAGAUAUUGGCGCAGAAUAAACUAGAAAACGUUGUUGUAGAAACGUUCGUGUUUGUCACGGGCACUAGGAAAGUAUGAAAUUUCAACGGAAAUAUACGACCAGUUUAAAACGAUUGAGAUUUGUUUUUUCUUCUUUUCAGGAGCAGGUGGAGCUGCUGGUGGAUUUGGAG